AUGGAUAGGAUUAAUAUGAGAUCUCAAUUUAAGGACGAACAUCCAUUUGAAAAGAGAAAGGCAGAAGCUACUCGGAUCACGCAAAGGUUCAAUGACAGACUUCCCGUUAUUUGUGAGAAGGCAGAAAAUUCGGAUAUCCAGGAGAUCGAUAAGAGAAAGUACUUGGUGCCUGGGGAUUUGUCUGUCGGACAGUUUGUGUAUGUGAUAAGAAAGAGAAUCAAGUUGCCUAGUGAAAAGGCUAUUUUUAUUUUUAUAAACGACAUCUUGCCACCUACAGCUGCAUUAAUGAGUACUAUCUACGAAGAGCAUAAGGAUGAAGACGGAUUUUUAUAUGUGUUGUAUUCGGGUGAGAAUACAUUUGGAGAACCCGAAAUGAAGAGAUUGAACGUGGCAGACCUAGAAUUAGAUUUCGAUUCAGUGAACUGA